UGGGACGUUACUCGCGAUCAACAUGGCGGAGGCAGAGGCAGAAGUAAAGGACGCUCCGGCGGAAACAGARCCAGAAGCUCCUAAAGCAGACGAAYCAGAUGCUGUUGAUGCUCCAGCAGAGCCUCAACAAGAAGAGCAAACCAUGAGAGCCGUUAUUUUAGUUGGACAUGGAGGAUAUAGCAAGUUAAGAAUUGAAAAACGUCCCAAGCCCAAAGCUACGGAAGGUCAUGUUGUGAUAAAAGUACAUGCAUGUGGACAAAGCUUUGCUGACCUGAUGCAGCGACAAGGAAUGCUUCCUAAAUUCCCCAAGGCCCCAUCGUCAGUAGUUGGAAUGGAGUGCUCUGGUGUUGUUGAAGAAGUUGGUGAAAAUGUAACAGGUUUUGAGGUUGGAUCCAGAGUAUGUUGUCUUUCUUGGACAGGUGCAUUUUCAGAAUUUGUWUCUGUUCCUGCUGAAGUUUGCUUUGCAAUGCCAGAGUCAAUGAGCUUUGAGGAUGGUGCUGCAUUCCCAGUUAACUAYYUGACUGCAUACUUUUUGUURUUCUACUGUGGAAAUCUGAACAGAAGAAAGAGUGUUUUGGUACACUGUGCUGCUGGUGGUGUGGGAAUAGCAGCCACCCAACUCUGUAAGACAGUAGAAGGUGUGACAGUCUUUGGAACUGCUUCAGCAUCAAAGCAUGACAUCAUUCAGAAAAACGGUGUUGACCAYGCAAUUGAUUACAGAACAGAAGACUAYGUUGAAGCUGUGAAAAAGAUUACAGACUCUGUAGACUUAGUGUUGGACCCACUCGGUGGAGCAGACACCAAAAAAUGCUAUGACCUUCUURGCCCACUUGGAGCCCUAGUAAUUUAUGGUUAUGCAAGCAAUAUUUCUGAAUCAAAAGGCCUCUUUGCAGGAUUAAAAUCAUGGUUUGCAGGGCUUACUUUCAAUCCAUUAAAAUUGAUAAGCGAUAACAAAACAGUAUGUGGAUUGGCWGUUGAAGAUAUUAAACCUGAGUUAUUGCGUGAAGCAAUGGAUGUUUUGAUGAAGAUGUAUGAAGAUGGAGCCCUCAAGCCUCACAUUGACUCAGUGUUUGCUCUUGAAGAGGUUGCCCAAGCCCACCAAAAGAUGCACGAUCGUGCAAACAUUGGCAAAAUCCUGUUGUCUCCCCUGAAGGAACCCGAUCCUGAUGCUGAGCCAGUUAAGAAAAAGAGAAAAAAAUCUUUCAGCAAAUUUCACACAGAGAAACCUAAAAUUGAUAAAGAUAAAGCAGCAGAAGAAGAAAAAGCCAACGGAGACGCGGAAGAAAYAACGGAAAAGCAGGCAGAAACUGCUGCAGAAGGGGAGCAGAAAGAAAGCAAUGAAGCGACACCCGCAGAGACGAAAGAAGAACAGAAAGAAGACAAGCCGCAGGAAGAGGCCAAAGAGGAAAGCAAAGAAGAAAAGAAAGAAGAGGUCAAAGACCAAACAGAAGAGACCAAAGAAGAAAAGAAGGAAGAGGUCAAAGACCAAACAGAAGAGACCAAAGAAGAAAAGAAGGAAGAGGCCAAAGAACAAGCACAAGAGGUCAAAGAAGAAGCGAAGGAAGAGACCAAACAAGAAAUGAAGGAAGAACCCAAAGCAGAAACAAACGAAGCUAAAGAAGACACGAAAGAAGAGACUAAAGAGGAAGCAAAGGAGGAGAUUAAAGAAGAAAAGAAGGAAGAAGCGAAAGAAGAAGUAAAAGAAGAGGCGAAAGAAGAGGUGAAAGAAGAACCAAAGCAAGAAUCAAAGGAAGAAGACAGCGAAGCGCCAAAAGACGAAAAGAAGGAAGACGAACAACAGGAAGCAAAAGAAGAACYUAAAGAAACGGCAGACCAACAACCUGCUGAAGCUGAACAACAACAAUCCGAAACCAAGGAAGAAAAUGGUGAACAAAAUACAGAAAUGUAAGCAAAAUCGUCAUGACUAACGAAAAGACUGAAAAUCUCCGUCUUUCUGGGAAGUGAAUCAAGAAAUACGAUUCAUAUCGGGGAUUUUCUGAAAUUUCAGUCUGGUCAAGGUAAUCUGACCGUGAAAAAGACGUAGAAUGUAGGCAUUUAUAAACUUAUACUCACGAAUUAAAACUGAAACAAAAUUUAAACAUUUACAUUACCCUAGGGGUAGUCUCUUCUUUUACCCUCGAGGGAAGAGAAGAAAAGAAGAAGCCUGCCCUUCUUGUUUUAAUGUAAAUGAAUAAUUGUAAGUGGUCCCAAACUUCUAUGGAGUUAUACUUUUUUUAUAAAAUUCCCUUAGGCUAGCAUAUGGAAGUCAUUUUUACUAAUUUAGAUGAGAAAGCAGCKUAGAGACUCUUUUAUAUUUAAGUGACUACGAGUUUGUUUUGUGUCACUURCUAAAAGAAUAAAAAAAUGUUAGUUUUUCUUAGGAAUUUGAUUUAAGAACUUUUAUAGAUGAAAAAGCAUAUUAGAGACUCUUCCAUAUCAAAGUGACAACAAGCUUCUUUUGUUUCACAUAUAAAAGAAUAAAAAAACUGCUUGUUUUUGUUAGGAAUUUGAUUUUAAAACUUUUAUAUUCUAAUGACCUUGAAGAUAUAAUGUUAAACAACCACAAUGAAAAUAAUUCUAGAUUUAAUGGAGUUUAAUAUAUACACUGAUUUAUAUUGAUUAAAAAGAAUAAGCAAUAAAUGGCAAUUACUAAAAAUUACAAGGAAAUAAGAGGUUAUAGAUCGAAAGUCAUGAUAAAAUAUACAUCUAUA